AUGGCGCCUCGAUCAGAGGAGGCUGCGGCGUGGUUCGCAGCCGUGUAUCAGGCAGUGCAAGAGAUACCUCGAGGCACGGUCACGUCCUACGGGCACAUUGCACGGCUCGUGGGCAGGCCGGAAUGUCCCAGACAGGUCGGUGUCUCUCUCAAACACCUUCCGUCGCCGGGCGACACCGAGCAGGCAGGCGGCAGCAACGGUGACGGCGGCAGCGGACCGAGAUGGCAUAGCGGCAACGUGCCGUGGCAGCGCGUCAUCAACUCAAAGGGCGUCAUCAGCCCGAGGGGCCCGGGGGGUGCCAGCCGACAAGCCGCAGCUCUGCGCCGCGAAGGGGUCCACGUGGGCCGAGGCAGCUUGGGCGAGUACCUCGUCGACCUCGCGGCCUACGGUUGGUUCCCCAGCGAGCUGCCCAGCGAGGCGGCGGCGGGGGGCGAGGACAGCGACAGCGACAGCGACGCAUCUGGCGCGCGACCCGGAGAAGCGGCAGCGGCAGCGGCAGCGGCAGCUGACGAGUGA